CAUCACUACACACCCAACUUUCUAUCAUGUUGGUGGUCAUGGCCAAUUGCAUAAAUAAAGAGCUCUUCUUUCUCACCCUCUGAACUUUCGGUGUUCUUUCUUCUGACCAACUUUUCAGAUCAAAAAAAUCCCACAAACUCAGAGAGAUGGGAGAAAGGAGAAUUGGAGUGGCUGUGGAUUUCUCGGCGGGCAGCCGGACUGCCCUGAAAUGGGCAGUGGACAACGUUGCCCGGCAGGGCGAUUUCCUCAUCCUGGUCGUCGUUCGUCCUGAAGAGAACUAUGAGCAAGGCGAGAUGCAGCUCUGGGGAAUCAACGGUUCCCCUUUGAUCCCUGUGGUUGAGUUCUCUGAUGCCAACAUUAUGAAGAAGUAUAAAGUGAAUCCUGACCCUGAAACCUUGGACAUCGCCAACACUGCGGCUAAGCAGAAAGAGAUUACGGUGGUGAUGAAGAUCUACUGGGGCGAUGCCCGUGAGAAGAUCAUUGAGGCUAUUGACAAGAUUCCCUUGAGCCUCCUUGUUAUUGGAAACAGAGGCCUUGGCAAGCUCAAGAGAGUCAUCAUGGGCAGUGUCAGCAACCAUGUGGUAAAUAAUGCUUCCUGUCCAGUUACUGUAGUGAAGAACAAUGCGGACCAGGAAUGCUAAAUCCUUUGUCCCCCAAUGCCUGCUUGGUAAAUAAGUGCAAUGCUGCCUCUGGUUCAAUUGCUUCCUUUCCUGCAACUGCAAGCCGUUUUUUAGUAUGGAUAAGAUUUGGUUAAAAUUAUGUUUUCAACUGUUUGUUACUGUAUAUUGAAGUUGGACAGAUUUCGUGUAUGUAUAUGCUGGAGUUUGUGUAUGCAUAUAACGUAUAUAUGUGACUUCAGCCUGUGGCCCAUGAUGGUGAUUUUGUUCUUAGAA